AGAACCGACAUGGCUGAUUCUUUUGCUGAUCUGUGGACUUCAUCUGCGCCUGUGAAACAAACGCAACAGCCCCAAAGGCUAGGCGCGUCUUCCGCUCAAAAACCCAACCCGCCGAGUCAACGCCCGCAGUGGGAUGCGUUCUCCGCCCUUUCGGCAUCACAACCAACAUCACGGACACAUCUACCCCUUCAGGCGCAGAUACAACAGAAGCCAGUGACGGUUUCACAAAGACAGAAUGUCUCCUCUGACGCUUUCAGUGGGCUUUUCGAUGCUUCCAUGGGUUUCGGGAGCGGGAGUACUAAGGAAGCUACUAACAUGUCUAUGGCCGAGAAGGCCACUUUGGCACAGAAAGGAAAGGCGCAACAAGUACAGCUAGAGAACGGGAGGAUAUCUUCACAGUCAACUAUACCAUCGGCGUGGGAUGGCCUCGAUUCUCUUGCACAAACCACUAUUCCCGUUAUGUCCUCUGCGGUCAAGUCCCCACCGCAAGAUGAUUUUGAUUUCACAUUUGGAUGCGCAAAAGCUACCCAGAAAGUUGACUCUGGUGUCGGUCAAGAUGAAGAUGACUGGGGAUUGUCAGACUUUUCUUCUCCUCACUCAUCUGCGCGUUUGAAAGCGCAGCCCAAGGUUCAGUCUUUAUGGGAUAUAGACGAUUUUGUUUCUCCUUCCCCUCAGCGCUCCCAGACAGACAGCUCUGUUUCCUCCAAUCUCGCCGUUCGGAACGACCGCGAGAAUGCUCUUCUUGACGGGAAUGUACGCGAAGAUGAUAUUCUUGGCGAUCUCUGCAAGCCAGUCCAGAACCAUUCUAUUCGCCCAUCGCCUCCUCCACAACUUGCCCCCGUUCCUUCUACAGCUCAACAAUUAUCACGCACCCCCACCACUUCUCCACCGCCUCAUAUAACUGGUCAAUUAGUUGAAAUGGGAUUUUCACCCCAAACAGCUCGGUCGGCCCUGGUAUCUACCUGUACGGCCGAUGGUUUCGACGUACAGGCAGCCUUGGACUGGCUUCUAGCUCAUGGAGAAGCGUCAUCUCCCUCCGAGUCAGACAACCACCGCUCUGGGGGCUUGGACUCGGAAACGGUGAAUCGUACAUUCAGGGGACCUCCGACUCGCGCGACCCGCAAACCGUCUCAUUUAGGUUCUCGGAACGCUCAGCAGAGACAACCCAACUCUGACACUGCAGAUUUUCCCGCUUCCACUGAGCGGUUCCUUUCCCAGGCAGGUGAAAUUGGGCGUGGCAUGUUUAGUCGCGCAAAUGCCUUGUUUAAGGAAGGGAAAGAGCGGGCCGUGAAGAUGUACGAGGAACGGACCGGUGCUUCCUCUGCUCGGGUUGCUGGCAGUGCCGAUGGAAGACCCCGUUGGAUGCGGGAAGGCUCUGGUGAGGGGGGAUUACGGGAAAACAAGCCGCAAGGAGGUUUCAAAGAUGAAAACCACGAAUCCAAGUCAUGCAAGUCCAGAUCAUUACGCAGCUCCCCUGGCGACAUCCAAUUCCAAGCAUCACCGCCUGCGACCACUGAAGAAGUUGAUUUGUUUGGCAACGAUGCUUCUCAAAUAGUACACCAAUCUCACCCCCCCAAGGGGAAGCCGAACACGGAGCUAACGCCGUCCACCUCGAAUUCAACAUCCUCCCGCUUACUGACCCGCAGUCCACCACAUGUCCCUCCGCGCAAAUUGACUGCUACGAUUUCCUCCGCCGUCUUUGGGACGUACCAAUCUCAAAAGUCAGCAGGCACUGAAGCGUACAAGCUCGGUCAGUAUCCUGCCGCUGCCGCUGCUUACUCGCGUGCACUCGCAUCAGUGCCGGAAGGACACGUGCUGUGCCUUCCUCUUCUUACAAACCGUGCUGCAGCGCUAUCCAAGGUCGGCGAACUUUCUGGUGUUGCAGAGGAUUGUAGUGCAGCAAUUGCACUCACGGAAAGAUACAUGAGUAAAGCGGAUACUGCGUACGCAAAGAUUGGCCGGAUGCAUGUUAUCGUUGAGGCCACUAGUGGAACAGAGGAGGGUACGGAGGUCGAUCUCGCUGGCGGGCUUACGAAGGCAUAUCAACGUCGUGCAGAAGCAUAUGAGGGUCUUGAAAAGUGGGCACGGGCGCUCGCAGAUUGGAAGGUGUUGGUGGGUGCGGAGUGGGCUGGUGCAGCACGAUCAUUGGCCACAAGUGGUAUAGCACGGUGCCGGCGAAUAGACGGAACUAAGAGGAGGCCCGGAAUCCGACCAUCUGUCUCGUCCACCGUAGUGCCCCAGCUGUCGAAGCCGCGUCCCAAACAUUCCAUGGUUUCUGCUCCUAUUGGGACGGGCGAAUCAUCGGCGGUUGCAGCACUCCGCGCAGCAGCGGACGUUGCGGCCUCUGAGGAUGCCGAACGUUGCGCUCACAAAGAUGCUGUCGACGCGCAGUUACUCGCUUGGCGGCAAGGAAAGGAAACGAACAUCCGCGCGUUACUAACUACCUUGGAUAGUGUGCUUUGGCCGGAACUUGGAUGGAAGAAGGUGGGCAUGGCUGAGGUCGUUGGCAAAGGACAGGUCAAGGUCGCAUACAUGCGCGCGAUUGCUCGGGUGCAUCCCGAUAAGCUAAACGCGAAUAAUACCACCAUUGAACAGCAGAUGAUUGCGAGCGGCCGUGGAACUGCAUUUCUACAGCAGUAGUGAAUCCUAGCUUCGAACCAUUCCUACGGGCCAUUAUGUGACGUUAAUACCCCGUCGCUAUUGUUAUUUUGUAGAGUGAACCUGGCAGCGGCGCUAGGGUUCUGCUGGUCAGUAACCGUCACUUGUGGGAAAAUCCGAGUAAACUUACAUAAG